AUGGUUCUAUCUUAUGGGGAUGCACAAGAAAUACUACGUCGAAUGAAAGGUCUUAAAGCACCAAAGAGUUGGCGAGGAGGUUUGCAGUUAACCUACUGUAUUGGACCUGGAUUUAAAGACAAAACUCUUACUUUGCGUGUCGAGGUCAACAACAGCUUGGAAACCAAAACCAUUUAUAACGUGAUCGGCCAGAUCAGAGGUACUGUAGAACCCGACCGUUAUGUACUCAUGGGAAAUCAUCGAGACGCCUGGGUAUUUGGUGCUGCCGAUCCUGUCAGCGGUACUGCUGUGUUAAUGGAAUUAUCACGUGGACUAGGAAAGUUAAUUGGAAAAGGAUGGAGGCCACGCCGGACAAUAAUGCUUUGCAGCUGGGACGCUGAAGAAAGUGGUGCUGUUGGAUCGACAGAAUGGGUCGAGGAAAAUGCUCAAAUUCUUCAAAAUCGCGCUGUUGCUUAUCUCAACAUAGACCAAGCUGUUAAUGGUAAUUUCAGUCUUAAUGUCGAUGCCAGUCCUUUACUCAAACAGUUGGCCGUUCGGUUGACCAAAGAAAUCUGUGAUCCAACAGUUCCAGAUACUUGCAAAAGCAUGUACGAAGUCAUGUUGGAGAGAGAUGUUACUAAACACGUUAAUGGCUGCGCAACAUGUGAUGAUUUGUCAUUUGGCAGUGAUUAUGGUGCGUUUUACCAUUUCCUUGGCAUUUCAUGUGCAGAUUGGUCUUACAUCUUUGGAGGAAGGUACAACAUCAGGAGAGCGUAUCCCGUUUAUCACUCCGUGCAUGACACGUUUUACUGGAUGAAAACUUUUGUUGAUCCCGAGUUUCAAACUCAUCUGGCCGUGACAAAAUUUGCAGGGGCGUUUCUUCUCAAACUUUCCGAUUCUGAACUCUUACCUCUCAAUACAACUACUUACGGAGAAGUCUUACAAUCAAAGGCCGUUCUCUUAGAAAAGAAUGCUACACUCAGGGUGCAUAACAUCAGCACGGCUGCUUUUUCUCGUGCAGUCAGGAGCUUUGCGAAAGUUUCGCAUCAGUUUGAAAGAGGCAAGCUAAAAGAGAAACCAGAGAACUACCGCAUCCUGAAUGAUCAAAUGAUGCAAGUCGAGAAAGCGUUUAUACAAACUGUGGAAGUAAACGACUGGAAACUGUCCAGACAUGUAAUAUAUGGCCUCAACGACGAAAAUCUGUACGGUGACUUGUUCUUUCCGCGAGUACAUUAUGCCAUGAUCAAGGCGAAAAAAUCAGGAGAUUGGAAACUGGUGGAAAAAGAAAUGUCUUUGCUGACACAUGCCAUUACUUCUGCUGCAAAUGUUCUGAAACCCAUAUGAAGACGAAGAUAAUUUCAAACUUUUGUUUGGAACUAGUUUGAAUUGGUUCCCUUCGUGAUAUUGUCAUGUCCUAUGCAUGGCAGCUGUCAGCUAGAGAAAACACAUUUUUAUACACCCUAUGGACGAAAUGCAAUAUGUAUGAGUUAGCCUAUGGAUUUAGGCUUCAAACUAUAGAGCGGUUAAGGAUUGUUGAUAUCCAGAUAGUUAUCCAGAUAUCCGGAUAGUUGUAUCCAGAUCAAAGUCCGAAAAGAAACCUUGCUCUUACUGUAAGUGCUUCCCGCUACCCGGAAGAAAACAAAUAUAGCACAGAAGAACUGUAAAGGAGGCCGAACAAAAAAGGCUGGAGGUUAGACUCCGUCGUACCAUGAUUCCGAAAUCGGGAUGAACUCUCAAGCUCUGCAAACCAAGCUGUUUUUACAAUUCACGAGAGUUUUGUUUGUUUGUUAGAUGUUUUUCGGAUUUAGUUCUGGUUUUUAGUUUUUCUCUUGUAUCUAUCAGUAACGUAUUCCCUUUUAGGCACAAAGGCAACUUCAUGACUAAGAAAGCAUAGUUGCUCGUUCGUAUGGGAUAGUUCUUAAUUGGUUAGUUGUUAUAAAAAGGAUGUUACUAAAACUGAUAACAGGGAACGGGGAACGGGGAACGGGUGUACAGCGGUAACCGCCUGAGAAUUCAAAAUGGCGGAGUAAAAGGGUCUGGGAACUAGUUUUGAGCACGUGCUCUUCGAACGCGAUCGUCGAAGCAAAAAGCAUGGACGGUAAGUGUAGGUUGUAGGAUUUUACUUUGA